AUGCCCACCUCGUCGCCUCGUCUCUACUUCGCCUACGGAUCCAACCUCUCCCCGACCCAGAUGUCCCUGCGCUGCCCCUCCUCCGUUCCCGUCGGCCUGGCCCACCUCGCUGGCUACACCUUCAUCAUCAACUCCCGCGGCUACGCCAACGACGAUGCCCCCGCACCGCCCACGGGCCCCGUCGGCCCCGGCGUCUACGGCGUCCUCUACACCCUUCCGCCUGCCGACGAGGCCACCCUCGACAUGUGCGAAGGCGUGCCCUACGCGUACCAAAAACACGACCUUUCUGUGAUAGUCGUCUCCACCGCCAACUCCACCGCCGCCGCGCCUCCUGCUCCCUCGCCCGCUGGAGACGCCGGCCCGCAACAGGGCGCAAGCAUCACCGCCCUUGUCUACGUCGACGGCGAGAGGACCACGCCCUCGUUGCCACGGGCCGAGUACGUGGGUCGUAUGAACCGCGGCCUCGACGAGGCAGGCGAGCUCUUUGGCCUGCCGGCGGCGUACGUGGACCGCGUCGUCCGACCAUACAUACCCGCCCAGGACUCGCCCAUCGUGGGAGCCAUUGCGGAUCCCUUCCACGAGCGCGCUUGA